AUGCAAUCAAAAUGUAUGAUUAUAUUGAUUUAUGCUGUUGUAUUCAUAAAUUGCACAAAAAUUGACGCGAGAAUAUCUAUAAAAUGCAAUAAUUCUCACGGAAGUUUGGCGCAGGUUUUUCUGAUGGAGAAGGAUUUUUCAGGAAGUUGGUUUACAUUUAGGUCUGGUUGGAAAACUUUUGAGAUGUGGGAAGUCUAAACAUCACCUUCAAGAUCUAUGAAUUAUUGGGUUUUUAAUUUUAAUUUUUUUUCAAGAUCGGAGAUUAGCCAUAUUCCGAUAUGUUCAUUCAGACAUGGAAUAAAAUUCAUAAACUUUUUUUUCAGCACGUCUAGAAUGGCUGGAUGAAGAUGACACUUUGGAUUAUGGAACAUAUGAUUUCACAAAACUACCUCGUCAAUUUUUAUUUCUCUCAGGAUCUGACAUCGAAGCUCUUGGGCUCUUUCCAUACAUCUACGUUUGGCAUGACUGUGGAAAAGUUUGAAAUUAUUUUGAAAUCCCUAAAGUUCCAAAAUUUUCCAGGGUUUUGAGUGGAAAGGAACAACAGUAACUUUGGAUCAUUCAGUGCGAUUGGAUAAAUUAUAUCAUGUAACAAUUGAUUUAGACACUAAUGAUGCUUCAUUCACUUCAAAAACAUUAAUAUUCAAUCGACCGAUUAAUUAA